AUGGCGCCACCCCGUUACAUCGAGCUCCCCGAGGGCCUCAAGCCUGCCGGCGUCUCCGGCAGCGAGCUCCUCGCCUACGAACGAUCCAAGGCUUCGUUCGACUCCAAGGCCAUGGCCGAGUACAUCCAUGGCAAGGAGUUCCUCGAGCUCCAGGAGCGCAUCCUCAACAUCCUCACCAGCGAUCCCGUGUUUGACAAGACCUCCGACUACUACUAUGGCCGAGCAGACAAGUUCCGUCGUGCCAUGCUCAAGGACAAGCGUCUGGCUCAGCUCGCCGCCGAGCACGGUUGGGGCCAGUACGAGGCUAACGUCGCCGAGAAGCUCGCCGAUCUGCCCGGUCCCAUGGGUCUGCACAAGAGCAUGUUCUUGACUACCCUCUACAACCAGGGUUCCGACGAGCAGCGCAAAGUCUUCUACGAGCCUGCUUCCAAAUACGAGAUCAUCGGCUGCUACGCUCAGACCGAGCUCGGACACGGCUCCAACGUCCAGGGCAUCGAGACUACUGCUACUUGGAUCGCCGAGUCGCAGGAGUGGGAGAUUCACAGCCCUACGCUGACCGCCAGCAAGUGGUGGAUUGGUGGUCUCGGUAGGACCGCGGACCACGCUGUCGUCAUGGCCCAGCUCAUCAUCAACAACAAGUCGUACGGUCCUCAUCCCUUCGUCGUUGCCAUCCGCGAUGUCAAGACCCGAGAGAUGCUUCCCGGUCGCACCAUCGGCGACAUCGGACCCAAGGCCGGUUACAACACCACCGACAACGGUUUCAUGCUGUUCGAGCAUGUCCGUAUCCCUCACUUCAACCUCCUCGCUCGUUUCUCCAAGGUCGAGCCCGAGACGGGCAAGUACCUUCCUCCUCCCAACGCCAAGCUCGCCUACGGUACGCUCACCUGGGUGCGCGCCAACAUUGUGCGUGAUGCCUCGACGGUGCUGAUGCGCGCUGUCACUGUCGCCAUCCGAUACUGCGCGGUGCGAAGGCAGUUUGCCGACCGCGACGCACCCAAGUUUGGCCAGGACGGCAAGCCGCUCGAGACGCAGGUGUUGGACUACACCAUGGUCCAGAUCCGACUCUUCCCCAUCCUGGCACAGGCGUUCGCCUUCCACUACACGUCGCGCUUCAUGUUCGAUCUCUACGAGCAGAACCAGGCCAACAUCGAGUCGGGUGAUCUUUCGCUGCUCGCCGACACGCACGCAUCCUCUUCGGGCCUCAAGUCGCUCACCACGCUCUACGCCAGCGAUGCCAUCGAGGUGUGCCGCAAGGCGUGCGGUGGUCACGGCUACAGCAUGGCCUCGGGUCUUCCGGAUCAGUACGCCAACUACCUGCCCAACGCGACGUGGGAGGGUGAUUCGUACAUGCUUUCGCAGCAGUGCACGCGCUACCUGUUCAAGACGAUGCGUGCCAUCAAGGGCAAGGGCAAGGUGGACAAGAACAUCACUACGGACUACAUGAUCCGCUAUCUCGAGAACAAGGGUGAGACGGCCAACAUCCAGUUCUCGGGUGAUCUCUACGAUCCGUUGUUCUUCAUGCGUGCGUUUGGUCACCGAGCUGCGUACCUGACGGAGCAGACGCUCGCGCUUCGCGAUGAUGCCAAGCGAUCGUGGAACUCGCUGCUGGUCGAACUGUACCGUUGCUCCAAGGCGCACUCGCAGUACCUCCUCGUUCGCAACUUCGGUAUGGCUAUCCUCAAGGAUGACAAGCUCAACUCGCAGCCUGCGCUGCGACAGAUCGUGCAGCGCAUCUUCCUGCUGUGGGCAUGCCACACGAUGGAAGAGGAGUCGGCCGAUUUCCUCGCUUCGGGUUACAUCACGGGCAAGCAGUUCCACCUGCUCGGCAGCAAGGUGCAGGAGAUCAUGGCCGAAUUGCGACCCAACGCCGUGGCGCUCGUCGACUCGUUCGCCGUGCCCGAUUACCUGUUGAACUCGGCUCUGGGUCGCUCGGAUGGCAAGGUUUACGAGGCCCUGUUCGACUUUGCCCUGCGCGAACCCCUCAACUCGGCCAAAUGGAACGUCGACAUUCACGACAUGGAGACCACCGACUUUGAUUCGGACCUCCCCCGCGCUAAGCUCUAG